GUGUUUUUUAGAAUUUUUUUUUGUUGGGUUUUUUUCGUAAUAUCUAGUGAUGUGCUUGUGAUAUUUUUGUGUGUGUAUUCGAUUUAUCUAAGUCGAUAUUUCAAGGAGCAGCUAGAUGUCAAGUUAUGGCAGCAUGUCUCCUUCGGACGAGGGUUUCGACAGAUAUGAGCCGCCCUACUACUGCCAGCCGUCUCACCAAGGUAGUCCAAUGGACGGAGGAGUGUACUGGCCGGCAGCCAACGGCGAGGGCCAGGAGUACGACGCCCAGGACGUGUACCAUGACACCACGCACUACAUAGGCAGAGGAUAUGGCUAUGAAGAGAUGCAGAUGGCUGGGAAUGAACCUUACGACUCCUACCACCACAACAUGCCACAUAGCUUCCCAUCAAAUAAUACAGGUUUAGAAUGCGACCUUCAGAAUCUACCGCUGCGCUACGACCGGCCAGCGCCGCCCUCCUUCGUAAGAGUAGCAAAGAGAAGGACUACUGCCAACAAGAAGGAGCGCAGAAGAACACAGAGUAUUAACACUGCCUUUUCAGAUUUAAGGGAAUGUAUACCUAAUGUGCCGCCUGAUACAAAACUAUCUAAGAUGGUGCGAAAGAGAUCGCAGAGUAUCAAUUCAGCGUUUACAUGCUUGAGACAGCAUAUACCAAAUGUUCUACCCGACACAAAGAUGACGAAGAUCAAAACGCUGCGGUUGGCCACAUCCUACAUCUCCUAUCUGCUGAAGGUCUUGGAGACGGAUGGGGAGCCUGCCGGUGGCUUUAGGGCUGAUCUUCAUCAUACACCGCCUAGGAGACGCGCUGUUGAGAGUCAGCAAAAUUCCUCAGCCGAGAAGAGAUCUAAGGGUCGCACGGGUUGGCCGCAACACGUUUGGGCACUAGAACUGAAAACUGAACAAAAUCUUCAGACUUAAAUUAGUAAAAAUUAUAUUAUUGUGUCAUACUACAAUCUCUUUACAUGAGC